UUGCGCUCUCCCAGCGAGGAGUAGGCGGCGAACAGGUUACGCUGUUAGCGGAGCUUGGCAAACAGUUGCUGGAGCUACGCUCUGGGCAGAGGGGCCGAACCUCUUUGCUUCUGCCUUCCCUCGGCAGCGCCUUUGGCUGCCUGGCGCCGAUAGACCGUAUUUGGCGACGGAGGGCUGGAAAUGGCAGCGGAGCCGGACACCACCGAAGUGAGAGAGCGGCACAGAUUUGACCCAGGCGCCUUGGAGGAGUACCUGCGCCGGCACUUGCCAGGCUUUCCUUUGCAGCCACCUGGAGCUCUGCUCGUCAGGCAGUACAGCUCUGGGCAGUCCAACCCAACCUUUUACCUGAAGAAAGGCCUUAGCACCUAUGUCCUUAGGAAAAAGCCUCAUGGCCCUCUCCUACCACAAGCUCACAAGAUUGACAGAGAAUAUCGGGUCCAGAAAGCUUUGUUUGCAGCUGGAUUUCCAGUUCCUGAGCCCCUUUUAUACUGCAGUGAUGUUUCUGUGAUUGGAACAGAAUUCUAUGUGAUGCAACAUGUACAGGGCCGCAUUUUCCGAAACCUUGCUUUACCUGAAGUAAGCCCAGCGGAAAGAUCAGCAUUGUACAUAGCUGCAACACAAACUCUGGCCCAGUUGCAUUCCUUCAGCAUAAAUUCACUGGGGCUCCAAGGCUAUGGAAGAGGACCAGGUUACUGUAAGAGGCAGGUAUCGACUUGGAGAAAACAGUACAAAGCAGCUGCUCAUAUGGACAUUCCAGCUAUGAAUGAUUUAGCUGAAUGGUUAAUGAACAACCUGCCAGCUGGGGAUGACGAAGAACAUUUGAUUCAUGGGGACUUUAGAAUAGACAAUAUCAUCUUUCAUCCAACAGAGGCCCGUGUCAUGGCAGUGCUGGACUGGGAACUUUCAACCACAGGGCAUCCAGUGGCAGACUUUGCUUAUUCUGUUGCUUUCUAUUUUUGGCCAAAAGACUUCAAACAUUUGAAUAUAAAAAACUUCCAGAAUUUAGGUCACAUUGCAGGAAUUCCUUCACUUGAAGAAAUGAUCUCUGUUUAUACUAGAUGCAGGGGUACCACCACUUCUCUACCCAACUUGAAUUUUUUUCUCGCCCUUUCAAUGUUUAAAAUUGCUUCAAUAUGCCAGGGUAUCUAUGCCAGAUAUCUAUUGGGAAAUUCUGCUGCGGAAAAUAGCCACGAGUUCGGCAAUCUGGUGAAACCUUUGGCAGAAAGAGGAUUACAGCUCACAAGAAUGACACCAGUUACUACUGGCUUUCAAUCGUAUAGUAUAGGAGAAUUAUUCCAGCAGUCUCAAAAGGGUAAGGAAGUGCUUCAGAAGGUGAAGGACUUCAUGGAAAAACAUAUUUUUCCCGCUCAAAAGGAAAUGGCAGAGUAUUAUGUCAGAAAUACGAAUUCACCAGACAUAUGGAAAAAACCUGCACUGAUUGCAAAACUGAAGGAGAAGGCAAAAGCAGAAGGUCUCUGGAACCUUUUCCUUCCAGCUAUCAGUGGUCUUGGCCAGGUGGAUUAUGCACUGAUUGCUGAAGAGACUGGGAAGUGCUUCUUUGCCCCUGAGGUGUUCAACUGUCAUGCACCAGACACAGGAAACAUGGAGGUCCUGCAUUUGUAUGGGUCAGAAGACCAGAAGAAACAAUGGCUGGAGCCUCUGCUUGAAGGGAAAAUUAGCUCUUGCUUCUGCAUGACAGAACCAGAUGUUGCUUCGAGUGAUGCCACCAACAUGGAAUGCAGCAUUCAGAGAGAUGGAGACAGAUAUAUAAUUAAUGGGAAGAAGUGGUGGAGCAGUGGAGCUGGAAAUCCAAAUUGCAAAUUUGCAGUUGUGAUGGCCAGAGACAAAAACACCUCUGCAUCCAGAUAUAAACAGCACAGCAUGAUUAUUGUGCCAAUGGAAACCCCUGGAGUCAAACUCAUACGGCCUCUUUCAGUCUUUGGUUAUUUUGAUUAUUUCCACGGUGGACAUUUUGAAGUGCAUUUUGAGAAUGUUCAAGUACCUGCUUCCCAUUUAAUUCUUGGAGAAGGAAGAGGAUUUGAAAUAGCUCAAGGGAGGCUUGGACCCGGUCGUAUCCAUCACUGCAUGAGGUCAAUAGGAGCAGCUGAAAUGGCCCUCCGGAUCCUAUGUGAGCGUUCAGCUCAGAGGAUUACAUUUGGGAAGAAGCUGUACCAGCAUGAGGUUGUCGCUCAUUGGAUUGCUGAAUGUCGGAUAGCUAUUGAACAAGCAAGAUUGCUCACGCUGAAAGCAGCCAGCCUCAUAGACACUAUGGGAAACAGAGCGGCAAGAAAAGAGGUUUCUAUGAUCAAAGUGGCAGCACCCCAAGCGGUCCUUAAAGUGAUUGAUUGUGCCAUUCAAGUUUGUGGAGGAGCUGGAUUCUCUGAAGAUUUUCCUUUGGCUCAGAUGUUUGCUUACGUUCGGACCUUACGUGUAGCAGAUGGGCCUGAUGAAGUUCAUCUUUCAACAGUUGCAAAACUAGAACUGCUUGAUCAAGCCAAGCAUUUGACUGCACAUCUCUAGAUUGUUGAUAGCAUCAUAAUUAGAUCUGAUUUCCACACAAGAGAAAAGCGGUAAAGUGAAAGAGUACGUUGAGGUGAUCACCAAUUCAACAUUAAAUGAAACUAUUAAAUGUAACACCCCACUUCGGCACAAUUAAUAAAACCUGUAACAUGGGUAAGGGCUUAGAUUCAAGUUUAGACAUAUGGGAAUACUUGAAACAUUCAAGUAUUUCUAGACUGAACAAAUUAAUGAAAAUGAUGUUUAUUGCUUUGAGUGCACCCAUACAAAGGUGGUUGGUUAUCAAACAUCUAACCAAGGCUGAAAAAGUAGAUGGGGAGACAUGCUCUAUCAUUAAUACAUAGUACUGGAUAGUAUGUAAUUUUGUUAAAACAUUGUCUAAUAAGGGAAAUAGCAAUAUGUGUUCUGUGGUGUACCAGAUGUGGGGAACGUAUAAUAUCCAGCUGAAUUUGAAUACCACCAUUUUUACACUAUUUGUGUAUAGAAACACAUAUAACACUAUUUGUGUAUAGAAACGCAUAUACAGGUUUAAUACCACUGUCACUGAAAGAGCAUCUGAAUGAGACAAUAUUAAGGUCUACUGUUUGACACACUAUUCUCACUUUAACUGGUGAUGGCUACAGUGAUGCUCACAAGACAGCUUUUGCUUUCUUACACUUCCACUGUCUUAAUAAAUUUCACCC